AUGGGUCGAGAACUCCAGAAGAAAAAGCGGCGAUCGUCGCGGCAAAAGGUCCAGACACACAAUCGGCCAAAGAAGCUGCUGAACCCGCUGGGCAACAACAUCAUUGCGCAGAACUGGAACAAAGAUGAGACCAUGACGCAGAACUACCGCCGGCUCGGCCUCGUCGCCAAGCUGGGCAAGGCCACCGGCGGCACGGAGGCGCGCCCGCACGACAAGAAGGGGCCCCGGGUGGCGGACGACCCGCUCGCCAUCAAGAACGUGACCAGCAAGAACGGCGGCAGCAUCGUCAAGCACGUGGCGGUGGAGCGCGACGCCGCGGGCCGCAUCGUCCGCGUCCUGGGCGGCGGCCGGAACCCGCUCAACGACCCGCUCAACGACCUCGACUCGGACGAGGAGGGCGGCGGCGGGGUCGAGGACGACGGCGGGGAGUGGGGCGGCGUGGGCGACGGGGACGGGGACGGGGACGGGGACGAGCCGCCCAAGGUCGUGCACCAGCUGGAGAGGGAAGCCCGGCGGCCGGUCGAGAAGCACAUCCGGCACCAGAGCGAGCGGGAGCGGGAGUGGCUGCAGCGGCUGGUCGACAAGCACGGCGACGACACGGCGGCCAUGGCGAGGGACCCGAAGCUGAACCCCAUGCAGCAGACGAAGGCUGAUAUCGCGAGGCGGCUGAAGGUCUACCAGGCGGAGUUGAAGAGCGAGCUGAAUGCAUAG